CUGUACAUCAGCAUACUGUAAUGUGAAGAAUUUUUAUAAAAACUGCAAAAAUGCCUCAAUCUGCCUCCACACAUGAGGAUCAAGAAGAAAAUAUUCCUUUACAAACAAUUUCAACUAGAAAACCACAGCAGUUAACAGAUGUUCGAGAACUGUUUCAGAAGUAUGAUGUAAAUAGAAAUGGGUUCAUAUCUUUAUGUGAACUCCGUAACCUGAUAACAUCUGAGAAUUAUGCGCAAGACUUGCCAGAAGUUGCAGUUCAUCGAAUAUUGAAACGAGCAGAUGCAGAUCAGAAUGGAUAUUUAGAUUACAAAGAGUUCAAGCAAAUGAUGACAAGCCCAGACUGGCAGAUUGAUGUGCAGCAAGCAUUCCAACAAUAUGUUGAUCUCCUUGUUCCUCCACGUCCUCGCAGUCAUGAUGAGGUUGAUACUGGUGAUAAAGCGUCAAUCAAAUGGAAAUAUGACGCCCAGUAUAGAUAUUGGCCUCCUCCACUUGGGAUGAUUAUCAUUAGCAUCAUAGAGGUUGCCACAUUCCUGACAGAUCUGAUCAAUGCAGGCACAGAGUUGGCAGAUGGUCCUCUUGCAACAAAGCUUAUGUAUACCCCCUACCGAAGAUUUGAAGCGUGGAGAUUCUUCACAUACAUGUUUGUGCAUGUUGGAAGGGUUCAUCUUGCGGUGAACCUCAUUAUUCAGAUACUACUUGGUAUACCGCUAGAGAUGGUGCACCAGUGGUGGCGUGUCCUAAUUAUCUACAUGGCUGGUGUUGUGGCAGGCUCACUUGGUACCUCAGUCACUGAACCCUACAUUCGCCUGGCUGGAGCUUCGGGUGGAGUAUAUGCAAUUCUCAUGGCUCACAUUGCAACUAUUAUCUUGAACUGGUCAGAGAUGAAGAUGGCUGUAUUACAGCUGGCAUGUCUACUAGUUCUGAUUGUUACUGAUGUUGGCUCAGCAAUUUAUUACCGCUACUUCACUGAUCGGGAGGAUUCGAUUGGAUAUGCAGCUCAUAUUGCUGGGGCGCUGGCUGGACUGCUUCUGGGUAUUAACGUACUCAGGAAUCUGAGUGUCAAGUCCUGGGAAAAGAAGCUUUGGUGGGCCAGCAUAUGCAUCUACGUGAUCAUCAUGUCAGGAGCCGUUAUAUGGAAUAUCUGUUAUACAGACUACUACCCUCAAUCUGAUAAUUUCUAAUGUCCUUGGAUGUUGGUUCUGAAGAAUUAUCCUACUUUCUGAAUUUUUAUUGUGAUUGUUAUGGAUGAUCUAGGUUAGAAAGUGCAGGAAGGAGAUUUAAUGAAUACAUUUGUAAUAUUUUUCUCACAGGAUGGUAAGGAACAGUAAUUUUGUGUUUUGUUUAAAUGAGAAAAUGACACUCAAGUUUGGAAUUAAGCAUUAAGAAACAAUCUUGCCUGUAGCUAAGCUAACUUAAGUUAUCAUUUGUACCUGUUGUUCAGUAUUGCUCUGAUUUUUUGUUAGAAUACUGUAAGGUUUGACGUUAAUGUAACAUGACUUAAUAUUUCAUGUGUGAAGUAUUAAAUAUUAAGUUUUAAGUA